GUUAGGUGCAAGUCAAAGAUUCAGUGACGUUUUAUUUCCUGUUGGGUGUUUCCUUUCUUUCCUGUUUCCAAAGUCACUUUGCUUUUAAUUUAUGAUUUCUAGCAGCCUGACGAGAGUACAAGAUAUGGGCUGCAGUUUUUAGGACCCGUGGGGGCUGAGCUUUUGGUACUUUCUGUCUACCUACGGGGGAAUCUGUGAAACCAUAUAAACUCAGAUCAUCUGGAAAUAUCCUUGCUUGACCUUCUGCUCAAGGCAGUUUGCCCUAUUCAAAGAACUAGAGAAUUAGUGGCUUCCUUGGCAUUUCUUUGAAAACUGGAUUCUGAGUUGGGAAUUUCUGCUAUGGAAAGAAAAGUUGGAAAAUGAAGUAUCGGUAAAGUCCAAACAUGGGAUACCAGUUCUUUUGACAAGAAGUAAACUAGGGGACAUUUUUAAUUAAAAGAACCCUGAAGAAUCAAUAUUAUGAAAGUGAUUUGGUCAUCUGAACUUGUCAUGGAGGAAACCAAUCAGCUGCAAACAAACACUCUUCUUCAGAUGUCUGUGUGACUAAGAGCAGUUUGUUCUGUAUCAAUUUGAAAACCACCAACAUGACCUGCUAUAGAAGAUAUUUUCUCAUUUCUAGGAGGUGCUCCUUGAUGUGUAUUUUCUUGAUUGGCUCCAUCUGUUUUCUAGGGAUAUAUUUGUUUUUCGUUCCUAAGACUUUUAAUUACUUUGCUGUUUUAGCAAAAAUCAAAGUUAAAGAAAACAUUGAUUUGAGUUUAAUAGAAAGAUCUGCAUUUCCUGCCAAAGAAUAUGACAAACCUGAGACAGCAAAAAAAAACAUUUCCUUCAGAAGCAAUGUUUCCAGCUUCAAACAAUCCUUACUAAACAGGAAAGUAGGGGGACUAACUGUAAAUGCAGCACCAUUUGCUAGUGAACUCGAUUACAUUCCAUCCUUUAGGUUUGUUAUUAAUGAAAGAGAUAUAUGUAAUGAAAUAACUCCUUUUUUAAUACUAUUAAUAGCAACCAAAGCUGACGAAAAGCAGCACAGGGAAGCCAUCAGGAAAACCUGGGGAAAUGAAUCUGUGGUUCCAGGAAUAAAGGUUGUUCGCUUAUUUAUGUUGGGUGUUAACAGCAAAGAGCAAAAUGAAGCCCUACUGAGGGAAAGCAGUCAAUAUCAUGACAUCAUUCAACAAGACUUUUUGGACACCUACAAGAACCUAACUCUUAAAACCAUAAUGGGCUUGAAGUGGGUUGCCGCCUACUGUGGUGGUGCAAAUUUUGUCAUGAAAACAGACACUGAUGUUUUUGUUAAUACAGAAUAUUUAAUACAAAGGCUCCUAAGACCACUUACGCCUCCUCCACAGUAUUAUUUCACUGGCUACCUUGUAAGAAAUGGUCAGCCUCAUCGAAGUAAUGAAAGCAAAUGGUACGUGCCAAAGGAAAUCUACUCAGCUGAACGCUACCCUGAUUUUUGUUCAGGAACUGGGUAUGUUUUAUCUGGAGCCCUGGCUUCAAAAAUUGUCAAUGCAUCUUUAAAAGUCAAGUAUAUAUACUUGGAAGAUAUUUAUGUAGCUCUUUGUCUCGAACAAGAGGGAAUUGAUAUCGUGCCCCCACCUGAAAACUAUUUGUUUAAUGUAUAUAGAGUCCCAUUUUCUCCUUGUACAUACAACAGACUGAUUACCUCCCAUGGAAUUUAUCCAGAUGAACAGAUAACAUACUGGGAAACAUUGCAAAGUAACAAAUAUGUCUGUGGUAAAUAAAGCAAAUGUAUGGCAGAGAUUGUCUGGGAUUACAAUAUUGGCUUCUACAGUAUUUCAGCCUUACCAUUGCUGAAUAAAAACAACGAGGAGUCCGGUGGCACCUUAAAGCCUAAUAGAUUUAUUUGGGCAUAAGCUUUCAUGGGUAACCCCCCCACACACACACACUUCUUCACAUGCAUGGAGUGAAAAUUACAGAUACAGGCAUAAAUAUAUUGGCACAUGAAGAGAAGGGAGUUACCUUACAAGUGGAGAACCAGUGUUGAGAAGGUCAAUUCACUCAGGGUGAAUGUGGUCCACUCCCAAUAAUUGAUGUGGAGGUGUCAAUACCAAGAGAGAGAAAAUUUCUUUUGUAGUGAGCCAGCCACUCCCAGUCCCUAUUCAAGCCAAAAUUGAUGGUGUUAAGUU